CUGUGGAUACAAACAACACCCCUUAGCUCUCUACACACAAUUCCAACAAAAAUUGUCUCUCUCUCAUUUAAGACAAACAGAGAAAAGGUACAAAGUCUCGAUCAUUCCUCUGAAUCUCUCUUUGUGGGUCUCUCUGUUUCAGUAUGGAUGGCAAAAUACGCUUAGGGAUCAACAAGAACAUGGGAGACCUCCAGAACAACGUGGAUGACGAAAUGGACCUAAGGAGAGGUCCAUGGACGGUUGAGGAAGAUUUCAAGCUCAGCAAUUACAUUUCUACUCUUGGAGAAGGCCGAUGGAACUCUCUAGCUCGUUGUGCCGGACUCAAAAGAACCGGAAAAAGCUGCAGAUUACGGUGGUUGAACUAUCUUCGGCCAGAUGUCCGCCGUGGAAACAUAACCCUUGAAGAACAACUCUUAAUUCUUGAACUUCACUCCCGUUGGGGCAAUAGAUGGUCUAAGAUUGCACAAUAUUUACCAGGAAGAACAGAUAACGAGAUCAAAAACUAUUGGAGAACACGUGUGCAAAAGCAUGCAAAACAGCUUAGAUGCGACGUUAACAGUCAACAGUUUAAAGACACUAUGAGGUAUCUUUGGAUGCCUCGUCUCGUUGAGCGGAUCCAAGCCGCCUCCGCUUCAUCCACCACUGGUUCUGCUGCCAAGUCUUGCGUCGCCACCACCACGGAUCAGUUAGUGAUCACGUCAUACGACGAGGGAGCCAACAACAACACCACCAACAUAGACCAUUUGGGUUUAACGAGCAACCCUAAUGGUUAUGUUAGUAACGUCUCGCGGGAAACUUCUAGCCUGAAAGUAUCUCCGGGGUCCGGACUGACGGAUUAUCAUAUGGGUAGUGAAGUGGAAAAGGUCGAGACUAGUCAGAAUUUGGUGGGUCCACAAAUCAUGUCGCCAUCGCAGAACUAUCUGGAUGAUAAAAGUGGAUUAUUGAACGGAGUUUUGGCGGUAAUGCAGGAGGAGAGUUAUCCUAACUUGUUUGAAAAUAUGAAUGGAAUGAUACCUUCUUAUUCGGACAGUUUCUGGAACAUUGGAAGUGAUGAAGACUUUUGGCUCUUACAGCAACAACAACAGCAGCUCCUCAACCAUGGAAGCUUCUGAAUAGACAAAAUAUUUAUUUAUAAAGAAAAGGAAUAAAAUGAAGUGGAUUAACUAGUGUGUGAAAGGAAUUGGUGUUAAAGGAAAAAACUUAUAUUUGAAAAAGGAGGGUUUCCUGUAUAUUUUUGGAGUAAGUUUGAUCGGUUCGUGUUUCUUUGGGAUUUUGAUACUACAUUAUAGUUUUAGAAAAAAAAAACCGGAAUCAAAGUACUAAGUCUCAUUUUA